CAUAUCAUAAACUAAAAGUUCAACAUAACUGAACGCUGAUCAAGGUGUGAAGAACUUGACGAAAAUCGAAAGUACCAGAAAACAUCAUUUUGUGUCCGACCAGAAUUCGAAUGACAGCUUGAACUUUUGACGUUUAACUACCAGGUGGCUGUAUAACUUGAUGGGUUUCUAGGAGAUUGUAUAUAAAUUCUGACUUAACCAGUUAUACAUCGAACAAAUGAGUUUUGAUUGCCAAAAAAUACAACGCAAGAUUCACAAGGCUAUUGAAGAAUUGCAGAACUGCAUGUAAGUUGUGACAUUUGGCAAAAACAUCGAACUUUGUUGACAGAGCUGCCGUCAAAUCGAAGAAAAGACUUACACGGAGGCAGUUGUUUGGGCGGCUGUUUCUGACGACUAUUAAAGAGGUGGGCGACGAAGCAUGCCAAAGUGUUUCAUGAUGCAAGCGAAGGACGCGGCAGAGCACAGUCCAACGGUAAAAGCAGCUGAAGGUCAUCGACUUGAUAUUGAAGAUAACCACUUAGGAAAAGACAUGCGAAUGGAUGUCGAUGUUAAACCUGCUGCCACAAAACAAAGCGUUGUCAAACCACAGCCUUUGUUUCUUGGAAACACGUGUUUAUUGGCGCCAACCCAAUCAACCAUGAAGUCAGAUCUAGAGACAUCUAUUGUGAUUCCAAGGCCAAUAUACCCGUCAUUUCCGUUGCUUCAUCCCGCAUAUCCAAACCUCGGCAACAUGCCAUCCUUACAGGCAUCACUUUUGCAGUGUAUGCAAUACCCCACUCCAGUCACAUACCCCUCAACAUCCGGGAUCUCUAACACUCCAUUCAUGUAUCCAUAUUCCUUUCCGAUGACGUCAAUGUUUGCGUCACAGGAUCUUGGCUCAGCGUGGUCUUUACUGAAGUUGAAAGAAAAUGGACCUGAAUCAGCUAAUAAAACAAAAGAAACCUCCCCAUCUUCAUCUAACGAUAAACAAAAUGAUAAAAAGUUUGACUUCGCUCAUUUGGCCGAGGCUGCAACUAAAGAAUACAACAAUAUGCAAAAAGAAGAUAAAACUUCUAAACUGGGACGACCUGGCCCUGAUGCCCAGGUGUUCAGCGCCUUUUCCCAUGUGACUAACAGCAUUAGGUAUGACCCCUCUGUCAGUAGCUUUUAUCCCCCUGCAUACAACACAAUGCCUGGCAAAUUGCAAUUACCAAGGAAACCACGUGGUCGAGGAGGAAACAGGCCAAAGAAGGAGUUUAUCUGCAAAUAUUGUGGUCGACACUUCACCAAGUCUUAUAACCUCCUCAUCCACGAGCGAACACACACCGACGAACGCCCGUACCCCUGCGACAUCUGUGGGAAAGCAUUCCGCAGACAAGACCAUCUCAGAGAUCACAGAUACAUCCAUUCUAAGGAGAAACCAUUCAAAUGCACCGAAUGCGGUAAAGGUUUCUGCCAAGCACGCACACUGGCAGUUCACAGGACGCUUCAUAUGCAGGAAUCCUCGCAUAAAUGUGAAACUUGUGAUAAAGUUUUUACUCAGCGAAGCCACCUCAGAGCACACUUGUUGACCCACGCACAAGCAAAGCAAGAAGUCUCGGCAGCUCCACCGUGUAUUGUAAAACAAGAGGACCGUUCUCGAGAUAUUCUCAUGUCUAUGGGACAAUCAAUGAAAUCUCCAGGUGUUAAAAUGACGUCACCUCACGUGGCACCAUUGCGUGUCAACGUGGAUGCUACGUCAAUGUAUAUGGACGAUAACGUAUUUGAGCCACAACAGAGUGGACCGUUGAAUCUAACUGCGUCCUCUCGUCCCGUCGUUGUAUAGAACAAGAACGCCGUUGUUAGAGAGGAUGUCACUCUUAUUAAAGAACACAACGAAAUGCAUGACAUCACAAUAUUAUAUCAUAUCUAUCUUCGUGCAAGCAUAUCUACCUUCCAUUUAUAAUGGUAUUUGAAUACUAUAGAAAUAUAGUUAGGUGUAAUCCCAAAGAAAGGGCGAUGUAUAUAGCUAACUUACAAAAAGUAAUGCCUGGUCCAAGACCUUGGAAGAUUUCUAAGAAUAUAACUGUAUAAAUUAAAAAGAAAUACUGUUUUAUUUAUAAU